AAAAAAAAAAAUUAUUUUUUAGAAUAGCCAAUUCCAUUGCAUGCUCAAUUUACUGAGAUCCUUUUUUGGUAUUUCUCCAAAUCAAGGGACAAAUUUCCCUUUAUUUUGGGACCCUUGCUUCUUUUUCUUGCUUUUGGCUCCCUCAAUAUUCAAACUACUACUACUCUGUAAUAAUCUUCCUCUACCAUUUCAUCUUCUUCUUACCUUAUUUUCUCUCUCCUUCCUCAACAACAAUCCAUCUAUCUAUCUAUCAUCAUUAUCAUAAUCGCGUUUGAGUUCCUACUGUACAUAUUAUAUCAAAGGAAUUCAACUACAUACUAAUUAUCUAUGGCACCACCCAACAGAUUUUCAUCCAUGUUACAUAGAAGAACAAACAGAAUAACUCGUGUUCUAAUCUAUGCCUUUCUUGAAUGGACUCUAAUCUUUCUCCUCCUACUAAACUCUCUCUUUUCCUACUUCAUCCUUAAAUUCGCGCUAUAUUUUGGCCUUAAACCUCCCUGUUUCCUAUGUUCAAGGAUUGAUCAUUUCUUAGACUCUCACAAGAAUGACAAAAACAAGAAGACUAAGUUUUCAUCCUACUCAGAAAUCAUUUGUGAGGAACAUGCUGCUGAGAUAUCAAAGAUUGGGUAUUGCUCCCAUCAUCGGAAGCUCGUUGAAUUACAUGAUUUGUGUGAAAGCUGCUCUGCUGCUCCAUCAGAUGAUCCUGAAGUCAGCAAAUGGAUGACAGAGAUUGGUAUAGUUAAAGCUGAAGAUGAUGAUGCUACAAAGAAGUGUUCUUGCUGUGAAAGAGUAUUGAUCAUGGUCAAUCCAAUUAGUAAAGUUUCAUCCUCAGAUUUUGUGAUCAAAGAAAGAGAAUUAUUGGGUGAUUUUUUAUCAGAUCAAAAUGUGCAGAUAGGUUCUGAUCAGUCAGAUGAUCAAACCAAGUUUGGGUAUCAAAUACUGGAUGAUGGUGAUGAAGAAGAUAAAGAGGAGAACGAAGAAGUAGUUUUCGAAGCAGAGAAGGAACCUCUCCUUGAUAAUACUAAUGGAAAUAAGGGUGAAAUUGAGGAGAUUGUUGGAGUUACAACUCAAAACUUGUGUCCUGAUAUGCUUCCACAGCAUCUAGAUUUUUAUAUUGAUCAUGAUGAUUAUCGAUUAAUCCCAGUUGAGUUUAUUAAUGAUGAUUCAAUCAAGGUAGAGAGUAAAAGUGCAGAAAUCAGCAGAAGUUUCGAGGAAGGAAGGAAAGAAACUUCAUCAGGAUUUUCCAGGGAAUUCGAGCUUGUUUUCGAGGGAGACGAACUUGUUCUUCCUGGGUGUGAGGUUACUACUAUUGCUAAGGAUUUGCCUAGUAUACAGGAAGAAGAGGAACUUGUGAUUGAGAAGGUACAAAUUCACAAAGAAGAGGAGAAGAUGAUGAGUUUGGACAAAUUUGAGCUGGUUUUUGAGGGUAAUGAGCUUGUUACUGCAGGUAUUGAGACUGAGAUAUUACAUCUUCCUAAAGAUGAAGAACAGAUGAAGGGUUCAGAGACUUCAGACAAAUUUGAGCAGGUUUUUGAAGGAAAUGAUCUUCUUGCUGGUUUCGAGUAUGGAAAUUUACAAAGUCCUGCAGUGGACAAGAUGCAGGGUUCAGACAAAUUUGAGUUGUUUUUUGAGGAAAAUGAACUUGUUGCUGGUUCUGACUAUGAGAACUCAAAAAUUCCUGAAAGUGAGGAAAAGAUGAAAAAUCCAGAAAUUUCUGCGCUGGCAUUUGAAGGAGAUGAGAUCAUAAGUGAAAAUUCGCUUACAGAUGACAAGGAGAGCGUGACAGAGAAGUUGCAAGUUCGUGAAGAAGAGGAGGAAGAGGAUUCACAACUUUUGCAAUCCGUUCCAAAGCAGGAAAAGGAGAGAGAAAUAGAAAUUUCAUUUCUUUCAGAAGAAAAAGAGGAGACUGCAACUACUGAGAGUACACCCAUUUUGGAUGUGCAGGAGAGAAACAAUCAAGCUGUACAAGCUGAUAGCCAAGUAACAGCUGUGAGUUUAGAGACACCUUCUACUUCUUCAGAUUUUAAGGAGGAUAAUGCAUCUUAUUUGAUGGCUGAUGAAACUGAUAUUGAGGAAAAGAAUCAGAAUCCAACUGAGAAGCUAUUGUUCCAAGAGUAUGAGGCGAAUCUUGCAUCGCUUUUCAGGAGUUAUGAAAUCGAAACUGAAACAAAGCAGAAUUCAACAGAUGAGCUCUUGGUUCAAGUGGAUGAACCCCCUACAGCCAGCAAACAAGAAACUCACACACUUACUGACAAUGUAGUAUGUCAUGAUGAUGAAAUUUGUGAAAGAAGUCUAAAUGCCAAUGUGAGCAUGUCACAUGAUGAAGUUGAGGAAGACAAAGUUCCUGAUACACCAACAUCUUCUGAAAGCCUACAUAGGAAAUUGUUGAUGCUAGGGAGAAGGGAAUCAGCAACGGAGGAAUCACUAGAUGGGAUGAGUGCGAUUAGUGAGCAUGGGGAAACAAUGGAGAAGCUCAAAGUGGACCUACUCACUGAGAGAAAAACUUUGAGAGCGUUAUAUAAAGAGCUGGAGGAAGAGAGGAAUGCCUCAGCAAUUGCGGCAAAUCAAACAAUGGCUAUGAUAACUAGGCUCCAAGAAGAGAAAGCAACAAUGCAGUUGGAAGCCUCGCAGUACCAAAGAAUGAUGGAAGAGCAGUCAGAGUAUGACCAGGAAGCACUGCAGAUGAUGAAUGAACUCGUGGUGAAGAGGGAGAAAGAGAAGCAAGAGCUCGAGAAGGAGCUUGAAGUGUAUAGAAAGAAGGUGAUGGAAUAUGAAGAAAAAGAGAGGAUGAGGAUAAUGUGUAGGAGGAGAAGCAGGAAUUCUUCUGCUUCUUGCAGUUAUGGAGAGGAGAGUGAUGGGCAAUCGAUAGAUUUCAAUCAUGAGGUGAAGGAUCAAGAAGAAGAUGUUGGAAUUAGUCCUCACAAUCAAGCAGAAAAUGGGCACCAAGAUACACCAACCGAUGCAGUCCUAUGUUUACAAGACUCAUUGGCCGGGUUUGAAGAGGAGAGGCAGGCGAUUCUAGAGCAGCUUAAGGUUUUAGAGGAGAAGCUCUUUACUCUAGCAGAGGAGGAAGAGGAACAUUUCGAGAACAUGAAACCAUUUGAGCAGUUCUAUGAAGAGAAUGGCAAAGAUUUCGACAUUAAUAACGGGAGUGACAAUAAUGAGUUUAUUCAUGUCAAUGGAAAACAUCAGCAAGACAGGAGGAUCAACGAUUCAAUGCCAAAGAAGCUUCUUCUUCCACUGUUUGAUGCAGCAGAGUCAUUAGAUUCCCCAAAUGGAGUGUUAAAUGGAAAUGAAGAUGACUUUCAUAUUACAAAAUUUGAGUUAGAAAAGAAAAGGUUUGCCGUGGAAGAGGAAGUUGAUCAUGUCUAUGAGAGACUACAAGCUCUAGAAGCUGAUAGGGAGUUCCUAAAACACUGCAUUGGCUCAUUGAGGAAAGGUGACAAAGGCUUGGAUCUUCUUCAAGAGAUUCUACAACAUUUACGCGAUUUGAAGAAUGUAGAAGUUCAAGCCAUGAAGAAUACAGAUCAUUGUGCUUCAGUGUAAAUCCUUCCAUGACAUUAUUGGUAAACAUAAGAUCACAUCACCCUUCAGUUCAACAUUGUCAUACAUCUAUCUACACCACAACAUACUGAUACUAGUCAGUGCCCGUACUAAAGCAGAUUCCAUUGUUCAUGGUUAAGUUUCGCUACUAGAUCAGUCAAAAAGUUUGAUCUAAGGAAUCGAAAGAUACAGCUAAAGAAGAGGAUCAAACUUUUGUCGUCUAGAAUUCAGUGAAGGACCCCCCUAGAUGGUGAAGGGGAGGUUCAGGCUAUGCAAACAAGAAAAAAUCAAGGUUUGCUGACCCAAUUUUUUUUAAGUUCUUUCAUUCUUUUUUAUUUCUGCUUUUGUUCUUUGUCCAAAGUAAAUGUAAAAAAACCCAAAUUUUUGUGGGGUUAGUCUAUUUUUUUCUUGCCCAUCACCUCCCUUUUGAGGAAAAAGGGAAUGAUGGAUUUUAAGUGUGUGUAGGAUAGUGGAAGUACUCAAAGCACAACCUGUCAUUUUGUAUUUGUUUUGUGAGGAACAAAAAAACAAGGCCUGGAAUUUGCAGAAACUGGGAGAUCCAACAAUGAUUCCAGUCUCAAGCACAUAACAUUAGUUUUUACCACAUAAAUCUUAGGAUUAGGAACUAUAUAUAGCUGUAUUUAUUCUUCAAUUUUGUUUUAUAUCAAAGAUUUUGUGGUAUAAACUUUUGCCUUUUUUUGUAAUUCUUUUUCUUUUCUAGUUUGUGAGUCAGUUGAUCAUCACAUGGGUUUUGAUCAAAGCUUUUGGAGUAAAGUUAGUCUACCUGUAUAUUAAUCUAAUGUAAUGAAUCUGUUCUGUAAAGUAUAUAAAGUGAGUGUUUGUUUAUGCUUA